AAGAGUAAAUCAUACGAAGUUGGUCUGUUGAAAAUAAACGUUGUUUACAUUUCGUUCGUCGUGGUAGUGUCUUUAACAUAAAAUAGUUUGAUUUUGCUGUAUAUCGUGUAUAGUUAUGUGCUCUUGUCAACAAACAGACAACGUCUAGACUGAUUUUAUUUGCUAAUUGCAUUUCUUAAAAUUUAAUUUGAGAAUGUUGUCAGCUCAACAUCAUCACCUCGUUCCAUUUGGCUUAAUCUCACCUGAUGGGAAUGUAGAAAGGAAUAAGGAAAACGAGUCGAAAAUAAUUAUGGAAGAGGAACAAUCAAUGACGCACUCCGAACUGGAAGCGAAAAGCUUUGUGGUGAAUAUGAUUAAAAAUGGAACAUCAACACCAUGCGAUGUACCAUCUAACAGUGGUACAAUUUCUGCAACAUUACCCCGAUGGUACGAUGAAUUGAAAUUUAAAAGAGGUCAGAAAUACUUCUUAGAAAAUCGGUUCGGCAUUCUAUCGUCCAAUCUGUGCGGUCUUCUGAUACUACUAGCAGAUCCGAAAGGAUUAGAUGUUUUGGACUCAACGAAACGAUCGAGCACUGUAGAAACGGCUAAGAAAAGAUACGUGUCAACGAUAAUGCAUACAAUAUCAUGGUAUGAGAUUGAUCUACGGCCUGGCUCAAAAUCAUGGGAAUCGCUAAACACAAUUCGAAAAAUGCAUUUGCUAGCUUCAAAUAGUGCUAGUAAAAAGAUGAUUGGCCUAAUCACUCAAUCAGAUCUGGUCCUCACAACAUUUGGCUUUAUGGGUCUCGCUCUCGUUCGUCCACAUUUCCUUGGUAUUCGUUGUGACAAUAAAGAAGACCGUGAGGGUUUCACCCAUUUCUGGGCCGUUAUUGGUCACAUGUUGGGAGUAGAAGAUCAUUUUAACAUGUGUUUAUUCAGCUUAGAGACCAUUGAGCAUAUUUGUUCCAUCUUGAUACGAUACUUUUUCAUACCAGUAAUCCAACUGGAGACAGUGAAAUUUAAAGAAAUGACAAAUGUUUUGCUCAACGGCUUGUCACCAUUUAUGCCUCACAUGUCUUAUGACAUUCAAUUGUUCUUAGUGAAACGAAUUAUUGGUGUUCCCGGUCAUCAGUAUGGAGUGGACGUGUCAAAGGAAGUAAUUUGUAGAUCGAUUUUUAGUGCUGACGAAUUAGACAUGGCGAGAAAAGUUGUACGUUCGAUGCAUCGCGAAAAUAGUCACUAUUUACAGAUGUACGAGAUUUUCUUUAACGAUGGGAUUCCUGUUGCGGGGCAAUCUAACCUCAAAUCAGUCAAAUCAAGCGUGAAAUCUGAACAUGGUAAUAGCAUUGAAAUUUACGGCAAAACAUUUCAUUGGAUUAUGAAGUCGAACGAUGGUGCUGAAUGGCGCGAAUACCUAAAUGAUGCUGCAUUUUAUGCGCUUAGUAAACGGGAUCAAUUGAUGGUUCGCUGGAUUUGUUUUCUGUUUUGGUGUUAUGGGAAUUUAAGAUUAGCAAAAUAUGUUUGUGAGUGGGGUAUGAAUCUAAUUUUGUUUUUGAUGCAAAGAUUCGAUAAAUCACUUUAACCUGUCACCAUUACCAUUCAUCUGUUGUCGAUAACGACGAUAAAAAUAAUGACAAGCUCUGGGUAAUAUGGUCCUUUAUAUAGUAAAAU